UCCAUAAACAGCUGAUCAAUCUUAACUAUUUUCUAUUGCUUUGUAAUUUUUGUGUAAAUUUUGCUCGUUACUAUUUUGAUUGUUUAAGAAAAGUGCAAAAAUGGGUAGCUGGCAAUUAGAAGUUUUUAAAAUGACUUUGUAUAUGGCCUUUCCUGUGGCCAUGUUUCACAUCUUCAAUCAACCGGCUUACUUUGAGGAAUGGGUGACCAAGACAAGGCGUGAGCUAUAUCCACCAGAAAGCUUAGGUCACCGGGAAGAGAUUCAAAAGGCCAUAAGAGAUGUGCGUGAGAAAAGAGAUAAAGAAAUGAUGAAAGCAUUAGAGGAUAUAGAAAAGCGUGGAAAAUAAUUGUUUACUACAAAAUAAUAAUUGUUGCCACAAAAGAAGUGUGCUACGCUAGAAUAUUAUAUAAGGUUAUUUUUGUUUUUUGUAAGUUGCAUUAUUUACCUUUAAAGAACGCUUAAACAUUUGCUAUUGAAAUAUAAUGGAAAUAAUAUUUAAUUAUAAAAA